UCUCCCAAUUACACAAUCCCAAAACCCUGCCUUUCCCAGAAACUCAGAGAAGUUGAAAGCAGGUUUUGGGUAAACUUUAGCGCAGCGGCGGGUGCGGUUAGACUGUUAGAGCAGCAGGCGGAGAUGAAGGUGGUUGCUUUAGUAAGCGGCGGCAAGGACAGCUGCUAUGCCAUGAUGAAGUGCAUCCAAUACGGCCACCAGAUUGUUGCAGUGGCAAAUUUGAUGCCAGCUGAUGAUUCUGUGGACGAGCUUGAUAGCUACAUGUAUCAAACUGUUGGGCACCAGAUAGUCGUCAGCUAUGCAGAAUGCAUGGGAGUCCCAUUGUUCAGAAGGCGAAUACAAGGAUCCACAAGGCAUCAGAAGCUUAGCUAUAGAAUGACACCUGGCGAUGAAGUCGAAGAUAUGUUUAUUUUGUUAAAUGAAGUGAAAAGACAGAUUCCUUCUGUCACAGCAGUAUCCUCUGGUGCUAUUGCAUCAGAUUAUCAAAGGCUGCGGGUGGAAAGUGUGUGUUCUAGGUUGGGGCUUGUUUCUCUAGCAUACUUGUGGAAACAAGAUCAGUCGUUUCUCCUUCAAGAAAUGAUAACUAAUGAGAUUCUAGCAAUUACAGUUAAGGUUGCUGCUAUGGGGUUGGAUCCCUCAAAGCACUUGGGCAAAGGAAUAGCAUUCUUACAACCCUAUCUGCAUAAGUUGAAAGAUUUGUAUGGUAUUAAUGUAUGCGGCGAAGGAGGGGAAUAUGAAACCUUGACACUGGACUGCCCUCUCUUUGUUAAUGCUAGAAUUGUGCUGGAUGAGUUUCAAAUAAUACUGCACUCUUCAGAUUCCAUAGCUCCGGUUGGGGUGCUUCAUCCCUUGGCUUUUCAUUUGGAAAAUAAGGCAGAGUCCUGUACUUUGGGGAGCAGUGAUCAUACCAAUCAGAAGUGUCAGGAGAAGAAGAGUUUUCUAUUUGAAGUGCAAGGAGACCAUUCACAAGGAUAUGAUGCUGCACGCAAAGCUGAUGCCGAAGUUGAGAAUGCAGUUGAACUUGCUGAUUAUAAACUUCACAUUUCAAAAACACAAAAGGGUGAUACAUUUUCUAUUUGUUGCUGGUUACAAGAUUCUCGUACGACUUCCACAGGAUUGCAAGGAGAUCUGGAGGCUGUCCUGAAGAAAAUUGAAUCACUACUUGUAGAAUAUGGUUUUGGUUGGGAAUAUGUUCUCUAUAUUCAUCUUUAUAUUGCCGACAUGAAAGAGUUUGCUGCAGCAAAUGAUACAUAUGUGAGGUAUAUAACUCAAGGUAAGUGCCCUUUUGGUGUUCCAUCCCGCAGUACAAUUGAACUGCCUUUGUCGCAAGCGGGUUUAGGUAAGGCAUACAUGGAAGUUUUGGUGGCAAAUGACCAUUCCAAAAAGGUUCUACAUGUACAGAGUAUAUCUUGCUGGGCACCCAGUUGUAUUGGACCUUAUAGCCAGGCAACUUUGCAUAAGGAGAUACUUCACAUGGCUGGGCAGUUGGGGCUCGAUCCUCCCACAAUGACAUUAUGCCAAGGAGGCCCCAUUGACGAGCUGGAAAAGGCACUAGAAAAUAGUGAAGCAGUGGCUAAAUCCUUUAACCAUUCAAUAUCGGCCUCAGCUAUUGUUUUUAUCACUUACUGUUCAACAAAAAAUAUAUCGUCAGAGAGAUUUAAAAUUCAGGAGAAGCAGUUUGCUUUCCUUAAACAAACAAGGAGCUUCGAGUUGGAUCUAGGAACCAAUUCUGAAGCAUUUGAUCCCAUUUUUCUAUAUGUGCUCGUCCCUGAUCUACCAAAGGGGGCCCUUGUAGAAAUUAAGCCCAUUUUAUUUGUUGCAGAAGAUAUCGAAGAACCAACUGAGAAUGCAAAAGACCAAUCCUGCUCAAGCAACCCUGGUUACUGGGGUUUUCAGCAUGCGGAUUGGCAUGAUUCUUGCUUUCAGAGUUGCAUUGUUCCUGGAAAAUUAUGUACGGUUGUUUUGUCCGUGAGUAGUGAACUUGCUUCGAUGAUCUGUCUUGAAGACAAGAAUAAAGAGGAUUAUCAAAAUUCUUUUGCAGAGAGGCAGACGGAUAGAGUAUCAAGAUUUUGCAUAUAUCUUCUGGAUAAAAUUAUGACGGAGAACGCUUUUUCUUGGCAAGACACAAUGUAUUUGAGGUUGUAUUGUCCAACAAGCCUUCAAGUAUCUGUGGAUGCACUCUCACUGAUGUUGACUAAUGCAUUCAAUGAACUCGCCGAAAUGGGUCGGAUCAAGACUGGCAAGGAACCCGUCUUCAACCUCCUUCCGGUCUUAGGUGCUGGGAGUUCUUCAGCAACCAUGAAUGAUAUAAUCACCUGUGAAUUAUUGGCUCAGAAAUCCUGAGUUUCAUUGCUUCAUGUGAAAGGAGAAAAGAUCCUUUGAUUUCCGA